AUGGGGCCGAAGAGUCAGAUGAUGAAGGAGAAGAUUGAGGAGAUGACCAGAGAGAUAUCAUCACUUUCAGACACAAUCAGAGCCCUAGUGGGGGAGCUGAGAGCUGAAGACAUCUCAUUCCUGCAGGUUAGGACUGCUCUCUCUAAAUUCGGUAACACUUCCUUUUAAGGGGUUCUUAUUACAGUGUAGUUAUAUUUUUAAAUACACUGUAACAAGUAUUGUAGAUAACUGUAACAACUCGUAGUUGGUGUAAUAACAUGUAACUGGUAGUAAUUGUGGUCUGUAGUUACAAAAGUGUAAGAAGGAAUGCUUGUUACCAUGCUUGUUACAAAUGGGCAGGUUUCCACUAAAUUCACCAACUUAGUGUUUCACUUCUUCUCAGCUGCAUCCGAUUCAUUAACAACUGUGACAAAGGUUGGGAUCCCUUGUGGAUGCGCUGGGUGUCAGAGAUUAUAGCCUACGCUCAAUAGGCUCUAAUUACUUAACCAUGAAUGUGCACUCUUCAAAAUAUAUCUCCAGUCAACGUUGUUGCUAGCACUUGCUCCCAAAAUAAAGCGUACCAUCUGGGUUAACUUGGUUGAGGUUAUGAAAACAGAUCUAAUACUAGUGUCAUGCCAGAUGAGGAAUAAGACACUAUUUCAAAGCACAUGUAUUGUUUGCCUAAGUACAAUGUAAUUCCUAGUUGUUAUACAGGAGUUAGCUAGUUAAAAUGAAGUGUAUCUUGAGGAGUACUUAUUUGUAAUGAAUGUAUACUUAUACAGUACAUUACCCAUCUUGACAAGCUGGCCCUCAUUUUAAAGCUUCUGGAAGUGCCAUCCAAGUGGGAGAAUGAACACACUAGUACACCAUAGAGUACAUGUAAUGUUCACAUAAGUACAAUGUAAUUACUAGCUGUUACACGGGAUUUAUCUAGUUAAAAUGAAGUGUGUCUUGAGGGGUACUGACUUGUGAUUAUAGUGUACCUGCAAAGUACGUUCCCCAUCCUGACAAUGUAAUUGUCAGCUUCUGAAAGCGCCAUCCAAGUGAAAAAUAAACACACUGGUACAACACAGAGUCCAUGUAAUAUCUGCAUAAAUACAAUGUCGUUACUAGGUGUUACACAGGAUUUUGCAAUUUCUAUAUAAUUACUUAAACCUACUACUCAUUACCAAGUGAAAACACCUACAAACAAUAGAUAAGCUUCUACUUUAGUCAACUUUAUUGCAAAAUGUAAAAAUAGCUUACAUUACUUACAAAAUAAUAAGGAUUUUUAUUGUUAUAUUAAUAAUUAGAUUAAUUAGAUUAAGCAAAGAUAUAACAUAAAAAUCACUAUUCUAGUGGUGAUCAAAUCUGUAGCCAAUAGAAUGGUGAGUAGCCUAGCUAGCUAAUUCAGAAAAACGGGAGUCAUUUUCUCCCCUUUUUAACAUUACAUGUAGCAACGGAAAUCAACAACUCUGUCUCUGUCUUCAUAGGUAAAGUCUAAAAAAGUUGGUCCACUCUGUUAGUAACAGAUUCUAGUUUUGGAAACAGAAAACUGGAUUGAGAUCAAAUGUUUCAUCGAUGAGAAAAUAAGCAGAAUGUCUUCCCCCACUGCCGGCCACUUGGCUUCCUCUCACCACCUUAUUUAGUAGUGAGUGGAAACGCCAACCGGAUGCUUCUUACACAUCCGGUGAAAUAUCUGUCUCAUUGUUCUACCUGUGACCAUAGCAUAGCUAUUUGCCAGCUUUAGGUUUGGUAACUUAGCUAGCUAGCUAGCCAAGGUUAGAAAACUUGCUAGCUAGCGUGCUAGCUAAUACCAGUGCUGCCAACUCUCACGCAUUGACCGUGAGACACACGCUCUCACGGCACACCUCAUAUCUCACGCAUUGAAAAGUACUGCUUUUAAUUUUCUAAUUAGUCCAUUGUAUAGUCAGCGCGUUAACUUUUCAACUGUGCUCCAAAUCGUUUUGAAAUCGGAGCAUCUGCGCCUGCAAUUUAACAUUACGAGCAGAACCGCUACCAUUGUCCUGUCUUGCCACAGCACUACGAAUCGCGGCACAUUAAAGCAUAUGAUUGGUCUAGUUAUGUAAAGGAUCAAGGGGAUUGAAUGCAUGUUUUAAAGAAACGCCCCUCAAGAUUAGAGUGGAGCUGAAUGGAGAGAGAGAACGUUCUCCGCUGAGUUUAUAAAACUGUAAAAAGAGCAGCAUGGUAGCGCUGUUUUAUGUACUGUAGCCUAAUAAAUAAAAUUCCCAUUUAGUUUCUAUUAUGUAGGUUGGUGGAAAUCACCAUCAACUAAGGAUGAGGGGUCGCCGUUAUGUACAUGUAUGUGUAAAAUUAUAUUGAAUAAUAAUAAACUAUAUUUAUCAAUCUGACUCCCAUUAUUAUGUGAAUGCUAUAGGCCCAUAGUCGUAUCCAGUGGGUAUAGCCAAGUUUGCGAGCCUUGCGUCAUGCCAUUGUUAAUUGUAUAUAGUUUGCUUUAGUUAAUAAAUAUAUUUUGUUAUUCCUUAUCUCCCUAUUUGUUAUGGGCUACGAGCCGGUUCGUGACAAGUGGUGGCUCGUCCGGGAUCAUCAUUAUAAGGUUGGUUCUUAGCCAUUUUUGCUUAUAGUAUUUUGUUGCAUUAUGAUGGGUUAAUGUUACUUGGGAUGUCCGGUGACGUUAUCAAACGGUGCGUUGCCUGGUAAAGUAUGCCAGUAGGCCUAAUACUAGUGUUGUUUGGCUAACUGGUAUGAGUAUUUUGUUUGGUAGAAAACGUGGAGUUAGUGUUCGAUAAACUAUUUAGGUGCUUUUUUGCAUCUUUUGGUACAGGUUUUUUUUAGUUGUGAUGUUUGGUAGGCCUAUUGUUGGUUGCCUUUUGUUUGAUAAACUAGCCACUGCGGUGGAUUGUUUGUUCUUUUUGUGUGGUGUCCGUGGACGGAGCAUCGGGGGCACAUCCAUGGCUUGGGUUGGAAUCCGGAAACGUGCUGUUUAUUUUUUCCAUGCCAGCGGGCUACAGUGAGUAAUUACCCACGCGAAUCCGCACGAAGACUAGGGGUUGAGUUAUUGUAGGAUUUGGGGAAUCUCCUUAUAUAUCUCAUCUCUCUCCUGUGGUGUCCAGUGUGAUUGGCUCUUCUCUUGAUGUGGUCUGGUGUGCUCAGCAGAGGGGAAGAGCGAGAUUAUUUUUAGUAGUUAUUUGUGACAAUAGCUUCUAAUGUAGAUGAGUUCAUUCGCAUUCCAUCAGAGGAACUGUUAGAAUUAUGUACUAAAGAACAGCUGUUUAAGAUCGCUGAACACUACCAGGUUGAAAUCAGUGAAAUACAUGUUAAGUUGAUAUUGAAGUAUGAAAAGGAAUUGGAAUUUAAACAGGAUUUGGAGCGUGUUAAAGUCAAGCCUCAACAGGAGUGGUUAGAAUUGGUUAGGGAAGGAAAGCUCUUGGGGGAGAGUUUGCUCUGGGAAGGUGACCUUGAUUUACCUAGGGGUCGCUCCUCUCUCAGUCGUGCCCCGGACACAUUUUAUAGUGUUGGAAACUUACGGCUGUUGACAAAAUGUAAUGAGAGGGAACCUGAGACAUUAUUUUCAUUGCUUGAGCGUGUUGCUGACGCUAGGAGUUGGCCUGACUCUGACCGCACUUUAAUGUUGCAGUGUGUGUUGACUGGUAAAGAGCAGGAAGCAUAUUCAUCUCUUGGUGUAGCCGACAGUGUCAGCUAUCAUGACACUGUCGGCGAUCCAUGAGCCAUGGCGACCUGGUCACAGCGCCGGCUAAUGAUGAUGGUACAAAGAAAUCUGUCACUACUUUCCCUGUUAUCCGGUUAUCUGUGCCCCGCUCUGAUCUAAUCAAAGAGCAGCGGGUUGACCCCACAUUAGAAGAGUUGCGUGACAAAAUUGUGCCUGUGGAACAUUUGGGAGAUGUCGCCCAUGGCUAUUUUCUCCAGGAUGAUGUCCUAAUGAGAAAAUGGGUGCCUCAUGGUAGUAGUUCUGUGGGGGAGGCAAUUAGUCAGGUUGUGGUACCAGUUAAGCUUUGUGAGUUGGUGCUGAAAACUUCCCACGACGAUGUUGCUGGACAUCUGGGCGUGAGAACCUACAAUCGCAUACUGAGGCAUUUCUUUUGGCCUAGGUUAGAGGGAUGUUUCUGUCACAGCUGUCAAUUAUCGGGUAAACCUAAUCAAGCUAUUAAGCCGGUACCGCUGUUUCCUAUUCCCGUACUCAGCCAACCUUUUGAGUAUCUGAUUAUUGACUGUGUUGGCCCUCUGCCUCGCUCUAAAAUGGUAGUAGUUACCUGUUCACUGUGGUGUCAGACCACUAGGUUUCCUGCUGCCUAUCCUCUCUGAUCUGUCACCACUAAGUCUGUGCUAAAAGCUUUGACUCAGUUUCUCACUGAGGUCAUUCAGAGGGAUCAAGGUUCUAAUUUCACCUCUAAUCUGUUUGGUCAGGUUCUCCAACAGCUCCAUAUUAAACAUAAUUUGGCUAGCGCCUAUCAGGUGCAGAGUCAAGGAGCGCUGGAAUGUUUCCAUCAAACACUUAAGUCUUUGAGUGUUUAUUGUACGGAGAAGGAUAAGGAUUGGGAGGAGGGGUUGCCUUGGUUACUGUUAGCCGCCAGGGAGGUUUCACAGGAGAGCACGGGUUUCAGUUCUAAUGACCUAGUGUUCGGACAUAGUGUUCGUGGACUUCUAGCGGUGCUUCAGGAUGACUGGAAGUCUCCUGAGCCACCUCAGUCUCUGUUAUCUUAUGUAUGUGAUUUCCGGCGACGCCUGUACACUGCUGGUGAGAUGGCUAAAGAGAAGCUAUCAUGUUCACAAGGGAGGAUGAAAGGCAUAUUUGAUCGGCAAGCUGAGCCUCGUCACUUUAGUCCAGGUGACCAGGUUCUUGCUCUGCUGCCAAUUGUUGGUUCUCCUUUUCACGCCAAGUUUCAAGGUCCAUAUAUGGUUGUGUGCCAGUGCACUGAGCAAAACUGUCUAGUUACCACUCCGGAACGGAGGAAAGCGCACCAACUGUGCCAUGUAAAUCUGCUAAAACCCUAUUAAGUACGUUCCUCUGGGGCCGAAGAGUGUGAGUCCGCAGAGGACGGUAAACCUGUUCUUUUGGCCGGUACUGUUACAUCACUGGGUUAUUUUUCUCAUGCUAGGUCCGUGCAUGGUGAUGAGGAUGUCCCUGGUCCCAACGAUUGAGUACUGCAGGGUAGAUUGAAAAAUUCAGAGACACUGGAUGUUUUGGAUAGCCUUCUCACUCAUCUACCUGCUGAUAGGCGAGACGAGCUGGUUGGUUUUCCAGUUUUGUUUUCUGAUACACCUACUCUUACAAACUUAAUAGAACAUGAUAUUGACGUUGGGGAUGCUGACCCCAUCCGUCAGCUGUUCUAUAGAGUUUCUUCAGAGAAACGGCGUUGUCUGGAUGCUGAGAUAAAGUACAUGCUGUAGUGUGAUAUUGCAGAACCUUCUUUCUCUAGCUGGGCUUCUCCCUGUAUCUUGGUCAGUAAACCAGAAGGGACUAACAGAUUUUGUUUGGACUACCGUAAGGUAAACAGUGUCACUAAGCCAGAUUAAUUUCCUCUUUCUCGGAUGGAGGACUGCGUUGAUCAGGUCGGAGCAGCUAAGUUUGUGAGCAAGUUUGACCUGUUAAAGGGCUAUUGGCAGGUGCCACUGACGAGUAGGGCACGUGAAAUCUCUGCCUUUAUUACACCCUCUAGUCUGUACUAGUAUUCGGUUAUGAGUUCCUGGCUGCGUAACGCACCUGCUACUUUUCAGCGCCUUAUGAAUAGGCUUGUCUCCGGUCUGGUCGGGUGCGCUGUUUAUCUGGACGAUGUAGUGGUUUAUGCAGAUACUUGGGAGGAGCAUCUGUCCCGUAUUCAAGCCUUGUUCUACCGCCUGGCGGUGGGUCGCCUCACUAUCUGGCUAAGUGUGAGUUUGCUCAGGCGACCGUUACGUACCUUGGUAAGGUGGUUGGGCAGGGUGAAGUGUGUCCUGUUCGGGCUAAAGUGGUAGCUAUUGAUGCUUUUCCACCGCCAACUACUAAAAAGGAACUGAUAUGUUUCUUGGGAAUUAUUGGUUAUUACCAUAGUUUCUGUAGGAAUUUCUCUACCAUAGUCGCUCCCCUGAAAGCUAAGGCGGUUUACAUCUGGUCUCCUCUCUGUCAACAGGCUUUUGAGGAUGCGAAGAGGUUGCUUACCUCGACUCCGGUGCUGGCUGCUCCUUGCGUGGAUUUGUCAUUCACCUUGCAGGUGGAUGCGAGUCACGUGGCUGGCAGGUGCAGUCCUGCUGCAAGCAGAUGUGUCUGGUGUUGAGAGGCCUGUUAGUUUAUUUUCCAAGAAAUGUAACCGUUAUCAGUUGAACUACUCUGUGGUGGAAAAAGAAGCGCUAGCACUCAUAUGGGCACUACAACACUUCGAAGUGUAUGUCGGGUCGGGUGUAGGUCUAUGAUGUGUCCCAACCAGAGGAUAAGAGAUAGUGUUUGUUUUUACAGGCCUUCCAUCUCGAGGUGCAGCACAUCAGGGGGACUGAUAAUGUUGUUGCUGACGCGCUCUCUCGUGCACCCUGGUCCUGAACGAACCUGGUCCUUUUGAUCGGUGGACACGCGUGGUCCCCGAGUGUAUGCGUGUCGUCCACCUGACUGACUACUGUUUAUUUUGUGUCGUUCUGUUGCUCCCUGCUGUUCUCGUUUACUUCUUUCCUCUUAAAGGUUGCUUCCUGUGCGCAAAGGUUGCUGAGGUCUGGGGAGGAUGAGGUUGGCUAUGGCAGUGGGAUAGGGCUAACCAGGGCAGUAUUUUGUUUGUGUUUAUGUAUGUAUGUAUGGUUGGUGUGGUGUUCCAGGGUCCUUGGUGGUCCCUGGUUUUAUGGGGGGGUUGGGGGGACCCUCCCACUCAGUCUGCCGAAUUCUCUCUAUGUUCUUGUUUUCCCUAAUAGGAUAUUGGUGGGUGGAGCCGGGAGGGUCGUCAGAGAAAUGGGACACACCUGGGCACGGGUGUGUCCCAGGGAUAAAUACACCUUUCCCCCAUUUAUUGUGGAGACUCUCUCCAUGCAGACACACUGUUGGAUUUUGGUUGUGGCAUUUUUGUGGCUGUAUUGUUUGUUUUGCUUUGGAACCUUUCAACACUCCUCAUUAUCACAUCUAUGCAUCCACUCACUCACACUACUGAUUACUGACUACACAUGCCAUUGUUAAUUGUAUAUAGUUUGCUUUAAAUAUUUUCUUUAUUUUUACUAUUUUAGUUCAUAAAUAUAUUUUGUUAUUCCUUCUCUCCAUGUUGUCUCCCUAUUUGCUAUGGGCCGGUUCGUGACAGUAAUCACAUAUUUGAAAUCUGAUAUUGCUUGUGUCUUUGAAAAUGAAUUAUAUGAGGCUAUGUAUUUGUGCAGCCAUUCAUGGCUAGUUUUGUAUAAGUCAUACAAAUAAGCAUUGGAUAUGAAAUGCUCCAGGAAUCAAAUAUAAUUUUUGACAUUUUAGUAUUGUGCACACGCUAGGCAGAGAUGGUAGGGGGACUCACAACUCAUAAACAUCAUAUUGUGUCUAUGUAGAGGAAGAUGAUGACAGGGAUCUUCAACUAGUAGGCAUAAUACACCACCUGAAUAUUGAUAGUCAUUAGAUUUUUCUGGAAGGUUUGAGAAAAUAAUUGGUAUAACAAUUCCAGCCCUAUUUUAAAGAGAAUUCACCCACAUUUCAAAAUACAAAAUGUUUGUGUCCUUACCUUGAAAUCAGUCUAUAGACAAGGAGACUGCGAUCUAUAAUUUGAUUACCCACUGCCAUCAACCAUUAAUAUUCAAAUGUCCUGUGUAGAGCGCCUUGGUGUAGUGGUAUCACUCCCUGGCAUGUGUCGCAUACAACUUUCCACCUGAGAACAGGGAUCAAACCUUCCCACUGUUUCUAGCAUUUGCCUGUCUCCCAAUCUCAUUUCAUUACUGUCUGAAUAAAGUGUCAAACCAACUAAAAUAUAUUACAAAAAAAUAUUAGCAUACUUAACAUUUCAUCCCCCCAAAAUCUCAAAGUAGUCCAAUUUUUUGUUUGUUCAUUUAAUGUUCCAAACAUCCUGAAUACACCUGACCUGUGGUUUAAAUGUUUUAAGAAUGCUGUAGUAGCCAUGCUGGUUAAGUGUGCCUUGAAUUCUAAAUAAAUCACAGACAGUGUCACCAGCAAAGCACCCCCACACCAUAACACCUCCUCCUCCAUGCUUUACUGUGGGAACUAUACAUGCAGAGAUCAUCCGUUCACCCACACAGCGUCUCACAAAGACACAGCGGUUUGAACCAAAAAUCUCAAAUUUGGACUCCAGACCAAAGGACACAUUUCCACCGGUCUAAUGUCCAUUGUUCGUGUUUCUUGGCACAAGCAGGUCUCCUCUUCUUAUUGGUGUGCUUUAGUAGUGGUUUCUUUGCAGAAAUUCAACCAUGAAGGCCUGAUUCACAUAGUCUCCUCUGAACAGUUGAUGUUGAGAUGUGUCUGUUACUUGAACUCUGUGAAGCAUUUAUUUGGGCUGCAAUUUCUGAGGCUGGUAACUCUAAUGAACUUAUCCUCUGCAGCAGAGGUAACUCUGGGUCUUCCAUUCCUAUGGCGGUCCUCAUGAGAGCCAGUUUCAUCAUAGCGCUUGAUGGUUUUUGCGACUGCACUUGAAGAAACUUUCAAAGUUCUUGAAAUUUUCCGGAUUGACUGACCUUCAUGUCUUAAAGUAAUGCUGGACUGUUGUUUCUCUUUACUUAUUUGAGCUGUUCUUGCCAUAAUAUGGACUUGGUCUUUUACCAAAUAGGGCUAUCUUCUGUAUACCCCCCCUACCUUGUCACAACACAACUGAUUGGCUCAAACGCAUUAAUAAAUAAAUUAAUUCCACAAAUUAACUUUUAAGAAGGCACACCUGUUAAUUGAAAUGCAUUCCAGGUGACUACCUCAUGAAGCUGGUUGAGAGAAUGACAAGCGUGUGCAAAGCUGUCAUCAAGGCUAUUUGAAAAAUCUCAAAUAUAUUUUGAUUUAUUUAACACUCUUUUGGUUACUACAUGAUUUCAUAUGUGUUUUUUCAUAGUUUUGAUGUCUUCACUAUUAUUCUACAAUGUAAAAUAUUGUCAAAAUAAAGAAAAACCCUUGAAUGUGUAGGUGUUUCCAAACUUUUGACUGGUAGUGUAUAUACUUCUACUUUUCAUACUUAAGUAUAUUUAAAACCAAAUACUUUGACUUUUACUUAAGAAAAUUUUUACUGGGUGACUUUUACUUCCAUCAUUUUCUAUUAAGGUAUGUUUACUGUCAAGUAUGACAAUUGGGUACCUUUUCCAUCACUGGCUAUCAGUACACUAUAAUUACAAGUAAGUACCCCUCAAGAUAAACAUAAUUAUAACUAGCCAAAUCCUGUGUAACACCUAGUAAUUACAUUGUACUUAUGCAAAAAUUAAAUGUACUCUAUGGUGUACUAGUAUGUUUAUUCUCCCACUUGGAUCGCACUUCCAAAAGGUUUAAAAUGAGGGCCAGGUUGUCAGGAUGGGUAAUGUACUGUAUAAGUACCCUUUCGUUACAAAUAAGUACUCCUCAAGAUACACUUCAUUUUAACUAGCUAAAUAUUGUAUAACAACUAGUAAUUACAUUGUACUUAGGCAAAUAAUACGUGCUUUAAAAUAGUGUCUUAUUCCUCAUCUGGGAUGACACUCGUAUUAGAUCUGUUUUCGUAAGCUUAACCCAGAUGGUACACUUUAUUUUGGGAGCAAGUGCUAGCAACAACAUUGACUGGAUAUAUAUUUUGAACAGUGCACAUUCAUGGUUAAGUAAUUAGAGCCUAUUGAGCGUAGGCUAUAAUCUCUGACACCCAGCGCAUCCACAAGGGAUCCCAACCUUUGUCACAGUUGUUAAUCAAUCAGAUGCAGCUGAGGAGAAGUGAAACACUAAGUUGGUGAAUUUAGUGGAAACCUGCCCAUUUGUAGCAAGCAUGGUAACAAGCAUUCCUUCUUACACUUCUGUAAUUACAGAUCGCAAUGUUGUUAUUACAUUGUAACUGUGAGUCGUUACAGUUAACUACGAUACUUGUUACAGUAUAUUUACACAUGUAAUUACACAGUAAUAAGGACACCUUGAAAGGAAGCGUUACCCUCGGUUUUUAUUGAUUGACAGAUUGUUAUUGAUUGUUUGAUUGUUAAAUACAUUUAAUCUGGCCUUUUGUUCCUCUGCAGAACUUUAAUAGCCUCACGAGCCGCCUGAUCCCCGAGCUUACAUGAACGGUUCACUGCAGCUGGAAUCAGUCUGGUAAUUACUUUAAGGCCUUGAGGGAAAGUUAAGUGACCUGCCUCCCUCUCUCUUUUCUUUCACUCUGAACCUAACCUAAUGUAGCAGGCGUAGGAGAAGAUAAAAAAAAACGGUUGGGGGAGGUUCUCUUCUGCACUGUUGAACCAAUCUAGUAAAUGUGGAGGAGUUAAGAUGGAAUGUCGCCUUGUUAACGUCCAAAAGCGGAAGUGGUGUCACAGGCUCUUUUUCCAUUUCCCCUGAAAACCGGAUGCAUCCGAUUGUUUUCCGACCCUGCAGAGGGUGGUCUGAACCCAACCACAUAGCAGCACUGACUCCUGAAUGUUAUUCCAAUACCCAGUGCGCACUGACGGAUCCACAGCUGAUCUCAGAAGCACUGCUAGACUACUUCAGUAGUUUUUGGGGUAUCUGUACUUUACUUUACAAUUUAUAUUGUUGACAACUUUUACUUUAACUCCACUACAUUCCUAAAUAAAAUAAUGUACUGUUUACUCCAUACAUUUGCCCUGGCACCCAAAAGUACUUGUUACAUUUUGAAUGCUUAGCAGGACAAGAAAAAAAGUCAAAUUCACACACUUAUCAAGAGAACAUCCCUGGUCAUCCCUACUGCCUCUGAUCUGGUGGACUCACUAAACACAAAUGCUUUGUUUAUAAAUUAAUGUCUGAUUGUUGGAGUGUGCCCCUGGGUAUCUGUAAAUAAAAUAAACAAGAAAAUGGUGCCGUCUGGUUUGCUUAUUAUAAUGAUUUAUACUUUUACUUUUACUUUUGAUACUUAAGUAUAUUUUAGCAAUUACAUUUACUUUCGAUACUUAAGUAUAUUUAAAGCAAAUACUUUCAGACUUUUACCCAAGUCAACACAGAGAGGUUUGAUAGAUAUGUAUGGCUCCUGGACUCAUAGGGUUUUAACUCAGGGACACACAGCUAUCAUUCAAGGCCUCUGUAACAGUGGAAAAGUACAUCUCCACUGCCUGCUGCAGCGUGUUACUAUGGUUUGGGUUGCAUACUCAUUACUGAUUAGUCCCUACCCAAAAUCACUAACCAUAACCAUGAUUGUUAGGCCUACAGAUCAUUGUUUUGUAUAGGCCUGCAUAUCAUUAUUUUGUAAAAGACUACGGAUUAUUAUUUUGUAUUGGCCUACAGAUAAUUGGUUUAUAAAGGCCUUGAUUGACAAUAGUUUGUAAAUCUGUAAUAAAUAGUGAUAAACAUUGAUUGAAAUUGUGAGCUUGUCCUUUAGCUGCUUGCGAAAUUACUUCCUUGUUCCUCAUGUUCAGCUGUUGGCAGAGAAGGGACAGUGUGGUGGGGUUUGUUCCUGGUUGACUGUAGCUCUAUCUCUCAGACAGUCUAGCCACUCCCCCUCGCCCCUAAAUGCUUCCUGAAGCUCCCUCAUCAUUCCUGAUUUCUCUAUGUGCACUCACUGAGGUAUAAUAAGAACGUGUGCACUGCCAUGCCAAAUAAGUUUCCUGGUCUCAGAAAGCUCCACCCCUUUGGAAUACAGGGAACAAGCUCAGUUACUCCCAGUGACUAGAGACUGCCUUUACACAGCAAGGAUUACUAUCCAAACACUGACCUCAAGCUGCUGCUGGCGGAAUCACAGUUACAUUUCUACAGCCUUGAAAGUUAACUUCCGUACUAGGCAGAAUCUCAAUUUCAUACUCCUUGCGUCCUCUCUCCUCGCCUCCUUCUCAAAACCCAUUGGAUGAGAAAUCCAGAGGUCCCGCCCCUCUGACUUUCUCCUCCAAUAGGUUUUGAGAAGGAGGCGAGGACAGAGGAGAGAGGAUGCGAGGAGUAUGCAAUUGAGAUUCUCUCUGAGUCAUUCCAGAGGAGGGAGUGUCUCAAGAACAGAAUGGCUUCCAGAUCAGCUUCUCCGAAGGAGGAUCUCUCCUGUCCUUUUUGCCGUGAGAUCUUCAAGGAUCCUGUGGUCCUGUCGUGUAGCCACAGCGUCUGUAAAGCCUGUCUGCAGGAAUACUGGAAACAGAGGCGAUCUCGGGAAUGUCCAGUGUGCAGGAAGAGAAGCAAUUCAAAAGGCAAUCCUCCCUGUAACCUGGUCUUAAAGAACCUGUGUGAGGCAUUCUUACAGGAGAGGAGUCGGAGAGAUUCAGGGGAGUCUGAGGAGCGCUGCAAUCUGCACAACGAGAAACUCAAGCUCUUCUGUCUGGAGGAUAAACAGCCCAUCUGUGUGGUGUGCCAGGCCUCCAGAAAACACAAAAACCACAACUGCUGCCCUAUAGAUGAAACUGCACAGUGUCAAAAGGUACAGUAGCAUGAACAUGUGAAUUUAAAAUGCAGUACAUAUCAAUCAUAUCUAAAAUAUAAUGUACAGUUAGUGUCCAUUUGUUGUUGUAUUUAUGGAGGUACUUCUGUGUGUGAAACCAGUGUCAAAUACAUAUUUUCCAAGUAUUUUUCUCAUUGGAGAAUAUUGAUGCAAAUAAUUUCCUCAUUCCUGUAAAAACAGAUCUAUCCGGAUUGAAGAGUACCUAAGUACAACCGCCUAACCACACACAUAUGAUGUGACACCUAACUACUAUACUCACAUAACCUGACUUGUACACAGAGGUGUAAUGAAAAAACAAAGUACCGAUUCUCUUCAAUAAAAUAACCCCUCAUUGCAGGAGGAACUCCAGACUUUCCUGAAGCCCUUACAGGAGAAGCUGGAUGUCUUUAAUAAAGUUAAACAAACCUGUGACCAAACAGUAAAACACAUUAAGGUGAGGAUGCUGAGUGGGUAGAGAACAUAGAAUUGUAUGGAUUCUACUCAAAGUAUUUUGUGGGUAAACUGUGAAAAUUAACAUUUAAAUAAUGUAAUACAUUUCUUCUCUCUUGUCUACAGAACCAGGCCCAGCACACAGAGAUGAUGAUUAAAAAAGAUUUUCAGAAGCUCCACCAGUUUCUACGAGAGGAAGAGGAGGUGAGGAUAGCUGUUCUGAGGGAGGAAGAGGAGCAGAAGGGUCAGAUGAUGAAGGAGAAAAUUGAGGAGAUGACCAGAGAGAUAUCAUCACUUUCAGACACAGUCAGAACCAUAGAGGAGGAGCUGAAAGCUGAAGACAUCUCGUUUCUGCAGGUCAGGACUGCUCUCUCUAAAUUUUAGGGUACGAUUAUCGGUUGACUAGUUAAUAUCGAUUGACGGACUCAAUCUGUUCUUUUGUUCUGUAGAACUACGAGGCCAUAGUGAAAAGGUAAGUCAUCUGUCUGCUGUCUCUCUCUGUUCUUUGGUUCUGAACCCAACCCUACAGCAACACUGACUCCCUAAUGUUCUUCCAGAACCCAGUGCACACUGCCGGAUCCACAGCUGGUCUCAGGAGCGCUGAUAGACGUGGCCAAACACCUGGGAAACCUGCAGUUCAGAGUCUGGGAGAAGAUGCAGGGGAUUGUGAAAUACAGUAAAUAAAUAUCAAUUUAUGAUGAUACUAAAAUGCAUUUAUCUGCCUGACCGUCAACUGUGCAGUACAAGUAACCAGUAUCAUUGACAGUGGUCCACAACUAUUAUACAUUUGACUUGUUCUUCCAGGCAUCCAAAAAUAUAUAUAUUUUUAAACAGCAUCAACUUGAAAUCACCCACAUUUCUAAUCUAGUAAAUCUGCUCUUUGCACUCAGGUCCUGUUACUCUGGACCCUAACACUGCCCACCCAGGUCUCAUCCUAUCUGAGAAUCUGACCAGUGUGAAAUGCAGCAAUGAGAAACAGAAGCUUCCUGAUAACCCAGAGAGGUUUGAUUACUAUGUAUGGAUCUUGGGUUCUGAGGGCUUUAACUCAGGGACACACAGCUGGGACAUUGAGGUUGGGAACAAUACAUUCUGGUCACUGGGUGUGAUACAAAAGUCUGUCCAGAGGAAGGCAGCAGUUAAGACUGGACACUGGCGAUUCUGGCACUUCAAAGAUAAAUAUGGUGCAUUUUCCCCGCCAGAAUCAACCAGUGUACUCCCAGUGGCACAGAAACCACAGAGGAUCAGAGUGCAGCUGGACUGGGAUAAAGGAAAACUGUCAUUCUCAGACCCUGAUAAUAACACAUGUUUAUACACUAUUACACAUACUUUCACUGAGAGAGUCUUUCCAUUCUUGGGUAGUUACUGCAAGCUCUCCCCUCUGAGAAUCGUACCAGUGAAGGCCUCUGUAAAAGUACAGCAUAGUUAGAAUCUCUGUCUAGUGCAACAGCACUUCUGAUGACAUUUAUUGAUUAUGAUACGUGUGUCACUAUAGGUUUAUAGGUCAAAAUUCAUCUUACAAAUCAACUCAAUUAUAUUUUAUAAUGAACAUAAAUUGUUGUUUGACAGUGAAAUGUAUUGAAUGUUAAAGGUAAUUGAGCUGUAUGAGUGUAAACCCCUUUUUCUUGAUCAACCAUGUCACAGUACACUACCAUCGCCCUUCCCCUCCAUGUUUCUGCUCAUCUUUCAAGUCUACUUGACAGUCAGUCACACUUAACCGUAUAUUCAUUUUAACAUUAUUUGGGAAGUUUAACCAUUAGACGCUUUUGUUCUGGAGGAUGCCAGAUGGGCUGGAAAACUGAUGGCUGCUGGGAAGGAUAAUGAUUCCUAUCUGGCUCAAAGAACCAUGAAAAAGAGUGCAAUCUAGUGGUGUGUUGUCUCAGAGAGAGGUGUUGAUUUAUUUUAGAACAACCAACCCAGGUCCUUGGUGCUGCUGCCUGCCUAUUGGUGAGUGGGACGAGUACAGAGAGUGUUCAUACUGUAGGGAUGUGAGCUGACCGAUGCCUGGUCAGUGAGGACUAGGUAUAUAUGAAGUAUCUUGGCAGUUGCAUCCUUAUGGUUGGCGCGGCUCCAGGUGGUUUGACCUGUUUGGAGGCAACGGGAGCCCACACCCACCCUGACCAGCGCUGUAGGGUUUGAACCUCAGCAGAGCAGGCCGACUCUGGCUGAGAGAGAAGGAGCUGUUAAACUAAACGUGAGGUAUUCUACCCACCCUGUGUAUUGUAAAUUAUUUGUAAGGCCUAUUGUAUGUAUUUUUAUUACCAGUAAUUCUCUAUAAUAAAAUUUGACAAAAACAUGUUUUCUCAGUGUGAGGUUUUAGAACAGCCUAAGUGCCAGGCUGUUUGUGUACUAUCAUGCCAAUGGCUUGACAAUGAGCAAUGGAGUUGGCAAGAGCACACACAGAUCUGGGACCAAGCUAGGUUCAGAACAGGGCUGUUCAAUGUUAUUCCUGGAGGGUCCAAACACUUCUGGUUUUCAUCCUCUCCUUCUAAUAAGGGACUAAUUUAGACCUGGGACACCAGGUGAGCGCUAUUCUACCAGGUAGAAACCAAAAACACAAGUGUUUUGGCCCUCCAGGACCAGAAUUGAAUAGCCCUGGUUUAGAACACUGAGGAGAACAGUAACAGAAUGUACAGAGUUCCAGUUGACUCAAAGUUCAACCCCUCAUUCAUAUUCUCAUCCAGACAUGCACCUGCACAAGCUAAUAUACUGCACAACCCUGUAAAACUCAGCUCUCUCAGGUACAGGUGAUCAUUUACCUGUUCCGUCGGAAAAGUAUUUAAAAACAGGACUUAAACUCACUAAAAACAGACAGAUUCAGAGUUCAAACAGAACAAAAUAAUAUUCCACCUAAACUGUGACUUUCAGAUACUGCUAACCAAACAAGGGUGAGUCUUGGAAGUGACCUGUUGCCUCCAGAAGCCAUUCUGGAGGAGGGAGUGUGACCGUGAGAGAUAAUGGCUUCCAGAUCAUGUCUCCCAGAGGGAGGAUCUCUCCUGUCCUGUGUGCUAUGACAUCUUCAGGGAUCAUGUCAUCCUGUUGUGUAGCCACAGCAUCUGUAAAGACGGUCUGCAGACAUGCUGGUGGGAGAAGGAAGGAAAGUAAUGUCCAGUUAGUGAGUCUUUCUGGGUAAAUCGCUAAGAGCUUUGCACACAUGGAUUGUACAAUAUUUGCCCAUUACUCUUGCAAGAAUUCUGCAAGCUCUGUCAAGUUGGUUGUUGAUCAUUGGUAGACAGCCAUAGAUUUUCAAGCCUAUUUAUGUCAAAACUUUAACUAGGCUACUCAGAAACAUUCACUGUAUUCUUGGUAAGCAACUCCAGUGUAGCUUUGGCCUUGUGUUUUAGGUUAUUGUCCUGCUGAAAGGUGAAUUCAUCUCCCAGUGUCUGGUGGAAAGCAGACUGAACCAGGUCUUCUUCUAGGAUGUUUAGCUCAAUUCCGUUUCUUUUUUAUCCUGAAAAGAAUUCCCAGUCCUUAACGAUUAUAAGCAUAACCAUAACAUGAUGCAGCCACCACCAUGCUUGAAAGUAUGAAGAGUGGUACUCAGUGAUGCGUUGUGUUGGAUUUGCCCCAAACAUAACGUUUUGUAUUCAGGACAAAAAGUGAAUUUCUUUGCCACAUUUUUUGCUGUAUUUAGUGCCUUGUUGAAAACAGGAUGCAUGUUUUGGAAUAUUUGUAUUACGUACAGACUUCCUUCUUUUCACUCUAUCAAUUAGGUUAGUAUUGUGGAAUAACUACAAUGUUGUUGAUCCAUCCUCAGCUUUCUCCUAUCACAACCAAUAAACUCUGAAACAGUUUUAAAGUCACCAUCGACCUCAUGGUGAAAUCCCUGAGCGGUUUCCUUCCUCUCCGGAAACUGAGUUAGGAAGAUGCCUGUAUCUUUGUAGUGACUGGGUUUAUUGAUACACCAUCCAAAGUGUAAUUAAUAACUUCAUCAUGCUCAAAUGGAUAUUCAAUGUCUGCUUUAUUUUAUUUUUACCCAUCUACCAAUAGGUGCCCUUCUUUGCGAGGCAUUGGAAAACCUCCCUGGUCUUUGUGGUUGAAUCUGUGUUUGAAAUUCACUGCUCGACUGAGGGACCUUACAGAUGUGUAUGUGUGGGGACAGAUAUGAGGUAUUCAUUCAAAAAUCAUGUUAAAACAUUAUUAUUGCACACAGAGUGAGUCCAUGCAACUUAUGUGACUUAUUAAGCAAAUCUUUACGCCUGAAUGUAUUUAGGCUUUCAGCUUUUCAUUUUUUAUUUAUUUGUAAACAUUUCUAAAAACAUAAUUCCACUUUGACAUUAUGGGGUAUUGUGUGUAGGCCAGUGACACAAAAUCUCAAUUUAAUCCAUUUUAAAUUCAGGCUGUAACACAACAAAAUGUUGAAAAAGUCAAGGGGUGUGAAUAGUUUCUGAAGGCACUGUAUAUGGGGCAAUUAGGAUUUGUUAUCUGUAAUGAUUAUGAUAAAUUAGGCAAUGUUGCCCACUGUUGGUAUAUAGAAAAAUGCGCACAUCAUGCGAGUACUGGAACAGUAAAAAAAUAAGUCAAAAACCCAUCCCUAGUUGCAGUUGUGGUGACGUAGUAGUCACUAGAUGGCUAUGCUGGAGAGGACAACAACUCAUGAACACCUACAGUACAUGAGUUUUAUGUUCAGUUCAGCUUUUUGUUCUUUAUUGAGGGUUAGGUUAGUAACCACUGUUUUCGUCUCGCUUAUUCAUCAAGGUCUCGUGGAUAGAUGCUGCCACAUGAGGCUGUAAGGAGGAAUAACAGCAGACAGCGCCACCUAGGCCUGUGGAGUGGGACUGCAGACUGAGCCAAACUUACUCACACACACCAGCCUCCUAUGGACGACACACCUGAGAGGAGAGAAAGGACAGGACAGGAGAGAGAACAGCUCCGAGCGAGAAGAGAACUUGACAAUGUCGUCCAACAGGAACCAGAGCCCUCAUGGGCUGAAGCAGAUCAGGCUGGAGCAGUUGUACGCAAGACAGAGCAUGUCCCAAGUAUGGCUACAUGGAGCUCUACACGUAUCCCACACUCUAAGGGGGAGGGGAGCAAAUGAAAGGGUUAAAUUGGGAAUAAGGCCUUCACUUGCCUGUUAGGGAUGGGCACAGUUAUUCGAAUAUCCGAAUGGACUUUAGUAUUCGAUUAGGGCCUACUUGUGAGAGUAUUCUUUUUUUUGUGUGUGAAGAAAAACAAAUAUUAGUCUAUUUUAACAAUGAAAAGGCUUUGUCUAAAAUUACAUAAAAUAAUGUAUGUAUUCCUGGGAUACAAGAAGUCCUCCACUGUCUGUCUCCUUCUGUCUUCAUCUCGCUGUCUAUCAAAGCAUGGAUGUAAUCCUAAAACUAUUUGUUGUUCAUAACUCCAGUAAGAAGCUGCGUGUGAACAUUAACGUUCCUAUGGAGACUGAACAGGAGCAGGAGACCACACACAAGAACAUCAAGGAGGACCACAAACUCCUUACAGGUGUGGUCAUACAUAUUCCAUACUGCAAAAUGACAUGUUUUACUGAAUGUGUCUGUACAUGCUGAAACACUGUGUGUGGUGCAGGCUGCCAUAGGGAGAAUAAUGAAUAUCAGGAAGGUUCUGAAACACCAGCAGCUACUGGCUGAAGUCCUCAACUAGCUCUCCUCUCACUUCAAACCCAGAGUCCCCGUCAUCAAGGUAACACACACAUACACACUCUUACCUGUCACAGUACAUUCUCAUUGCACUCACACACAUUGCACAAACUGUAAUAUUUCAACAAAUGUAAUAGUUCUUUAAGACAUACAGCUACCUGGCCUAAACACCUUCUCCCCUCUCCAUCCCUUCUUUUAGUUAAAAAAAAUAAAAUCUGAGUAAUAAAGUGUAGGGCCUCUGACUGGCAGACAUGUUGUGAGGAGUACUCUGUAGGGGACACACUCUUAUUUUGAUAUGUAAAUAUGAACACAGACCCCUAAACCCUCUCCCCGUGGCGUAGCUCAGUCACACCAGAGAGCUGUGUCCACGGUUCACAUCCGGAGGUAGUCAGGGACCCAUUGGAUAUUUUACAAGUGUAAACAGAUCUGGAUGGUCAAACCAUUUAAAUCAUUAUACCACCCUGUAAAAUGAUUGACAGAUAAUGACAAAAUACAAAUAAUUUGCAUACAGGGAGCCACCAGGAAAUCUGGUCACAAUGUGGACGGAUAAGAAACAUUUUAAUACCAUGUGUAGAUGCGACAAACCUUGAUCAGAUAGUGAUUGAAUCAUAAUUGAUAAUAUCACAAAACCCACAUUAAAGCACAAGGUGUGAACAAACUUCUGACUGCAGGUUCUAUAGCAGCUAAUUCUAUCCAUCAUGCCAGACAUGUUAAAUACCGUACAUAUAGUUUGGUGUAACACUUGAACUCAGAAGAGUUGGCUGAAGCACACAGAACUGGACCAGCCGGCUACCUCCCUACAGCCAGGCAAGAGGAGGAGCGGCGAUAGAGACUACAUGGAGGACUGCUCUUACCACCAGAGUAAGGGAAUCAGCUGUCUGGCUACUUGGAGACACCCAACAGUCAGAGAGAGGAGCCACUGGGAGGAGAGGAAUGGAGAUGCCCUUGUAAUUUGUCUGAGACUGACCCAGCACUUCUGAAGUGUGUUGGACCAACUGGACUGAUGCCAUUGGUGCAUAGUUGACUGCAUUUACAUAGGCAGCCCAAAUCCUAUAUUUUUUCCACUAAUUGGUCUUUUGACCAAUCACAUCAGAUAUUUUUCAGAGCUGAUCUGAUUGGUCAAAAGAUCAAUUAAAUAUAUAUAUAUGAAUUGGGCUGCCUGUGUAAACGCAGCCUAUAAGAACAAUACUUUGGUGGCUCAAAGAACAAUUGACACCUUUAUUUGCUCGUAUUUUAUUAUGCAUCACUUUGAACAAUAUUCCCUGUAAACACAGUAAAAAUCAGCACCUUGGUAAUCAGAGAGGAGUGGUCACGGAUAGACAACUGGAGGAAACCAGGGCUACGUUCAGGAGGGAACGUUAGACAUUUCUUGUAUAGAGCAGUUUCACUAUUCUAUGACAGAGAAGCAUAGCUGUUCUAUACAGUAGGCCUGAAUUUCUAUCUGAACAUUCUAUGUUGAAUCCCACUGGACACCAGCCCGCUCUACAACUCAGGAAGUAUACAUCCUAACAGAUCGGUGGGAUACUAGCUAAGAUCGUGGAUAAAUUAAGAUGUCUUCCUCAGGCUGUUUACCAUUGAAGAAAUUGGUCACAGUUCUGGUCUAUUUAAGGGGUGGCUCUCCCAUAGACACCAAAGGGAUAGCAACUGGGUCUGGUCUACUUAGUUCAUUGACUGUAUAUGAACCAGAAAAAUACAAGGGAGUGGGAUGUCUCGCUUCCUCCUCCAUCUCUGAUACUAAUCUUCAGGAGCUGCCGUGUCUGCUGGUUUUCCAUUCAGACUGAUUUAGACCGGGGCAACCAGGUGUGUGUCUAAGCAAUCUGUGACAUCAUUGGAUGAAUGAUUUCCCCACCCCUAUCCUAACGUGAGCAACAUAAACUACUUAAGACAAAGGAGAGCCUCCUGACUUCACCCAUCCACUAAAACACAACCGUCAGUCAUCUAGAUCUGUCCAUAGGCCUGGACAGAGCCCUCCCAGUUGACACAAUAAAAGUUAGUAGUACAAAUAGGAGCAGUCCGUCUCACUAAACAUGAUUCAAGCCUGGUCGUAUUGCUUCAAACCUGCAGGAUUCACAAGCACCAGGCGUCACUAGAUUACAGUAGCAGCGAGUUCUUCCCCAGACUACAAACAUGGAACCUUCAUCAUGCAUUAAUCAGAUUGAGGAUACAUCUUUAGCAAUAAUCAGCACUUAAGGGCUCUAAUCAAGUGGCUAUUCAGUGUUCUAACAAGAUUCAAGGCACAGCAUAAGUGGAUACCUGGGGGCGUUUACAAAACGUCAAUCAAGGUUCAAUAUGUGAGAAAACGUCACAUUGUCUUAGCAGUAGCACCAUCUAGAACAGAGAUCGCAUCAAAGCAUGACUCAGGUGGACAUCCAAACAUUCAAAGUGAAACAGACAGAUGAUUUUUGGAAUAAACCAUGUAGUCACUGAGAAGAAAACACAGGCAGUACUGAUGGUCAACAUGCAGCAUACAUCCUUUCACCUCAGAUAUCAGGCUAUAGUCUCAAAACAGUGUUAUGGCACUCCAGUGUGUCUGUGGGGUCUGAGACCAAGGUUUGGACACUGGCUAAGGGAGUGGGGAAAUCACCAGUCACUGAGAUAUUUUUAACCCACAUUUAGUCUAGCUGGUGGUCAGGGGCUAAUGCCAAGCCCUAAAAAAAACACAAAAAAAACAGAGUUUUGGUCCCAGUAAAAUAUUUUUCAACAACCAGUUGUGAUUUCACAGAGUCAAUAAUGUGUCCAUGAAUUUGGAUCACCCUCAAGUAUAAAAAGUAUCACAGAGCUAAAGAGAACCAGUCAGUGGAUUUAUUAACACCGGUUUAUGUGUGUUUGUUUGUUAGCUGUAAACAGAGGAAGGACGUUCUGGUGACCAUAGUUACCAAGUCCUACAUAUCCCAGAGAACUGGAAGAUUUGUUGGUAGAAAAACAAUUCAAAGUGAGAAAAAUAAGACUUUCCAGAAUUCUUGAAGCAUCCCAGGAUUCCGACAGUCGUUUGGGUUUCCUGAAGAGAGAGUGUGUGUGUGUGUGUUGAUCCAGAAGAGGGGAUCAUGGCAUCUCUGACUCCCGCUCGAUGCCGACGUACUUCAGAGCAUCAGCCUGACUGUACCUGAGAGAAAAACAUGAGCAGUUAGCUAGAGAUGUCAAACCAACCACAAAGUGUAUGAGUGUAUGCGUACGUAUAAAAGCCAGUUUACACUUAGUCUAACGACAUGUCUGUAGACAAUUAGAAUGUGACAAGUGUUGCUGGUGAAAACACUUCAUUUAUAAUCCGGUGGAAUGUCUGUAGACCGUCGCUGCGACUGUCGGUUUCCUUGUCUCACAGGCAUGAAAAAAAGUGAAUGUCUCUGCGACUGUCGCAACCCCCGUUGUUGUGGUUACUGGGCUGCUACAGCAACAAGACCAAAUCCAUCUGUACCGAGACUGUGCUGGAGUUCUAAAAUGAUCCAGUAGAACGACCUACUAGAGUCACACAAUCGUAAGCCGUUUUCUGGAAGCUCGCCAAUACCUUGUAAAUAAUGUUGUUGUGGGUUUAUGUUCCUCUUGAAUAAAAAGUAGCUAAAGUUAAGACCCUGUCAACUAUACUCUGGUCAUUAAUUGGUAACGACGAACCAAAACAUUGUUUAGAAAGUUGCUUUUAUUUGCCUGGCUUGCUAGGUUGACAUUUAACUAAUUGAAUUUUUAAACAGAUGGGUUUAUUGGCAUUCAAAUAGAGCCUUCAAACUCAACUCUGGACCUCUAAUCCGGGACUGAUUUAGACCUGGGACACAAGGUUUGUGCAAUUAAUUAUCAGGUAGAACAGAAAGCCAGCAGGCUCCGGACCUCGUAGGGUAAGAGUUGAAUAACCCUGAAAUAGAGCAAAGUAUGCCAUUUGGAACACCAGGCUGCUGAUGCCAUGCAGAGACUGCGGUUUUGCGUUUGUACUUCUUCAUAACGACAAGUUUGACGUCGGACGACAAUAGAAUGUUCAUGAUGUCGCUGCGACAAAAUGUCUACAGUCAUGUCGAUAGACCAACUGGAAACCUCCUGUGCCUUAAGUAGGUGUGUUAGAGAAACCAAACGGGGAGGGAGUUCUUGACGCCCUCCUCACAGAGUAUUCAGACGGAGUUGUGCUGAUUAAUACGAUCCUAGUUGACCGGCUGCCAGGCUGCAGACUGGCUGGUUAGUAAACAUGAUAUACUGACCUGUAGUCAAAGAAGAGCUCCUCUCCAGUCUGGAUGGUUCUCUUUGCAAAGAUCCCUAUCCUGUGGUCACCAUUCACCAUCAUCACUGCAGAGAGAGGAGAGAGACUGUUAACACAACAGAUGUCUUAUCAGUGAAACGCUACGUCAGAGUGUUACGUCUGUUGGUCCCAUCUGCUGCUGUAUUAGGUUAUACACCAGACUGGUUGGAUCAGCUGACAUACAUCUGGUGGUUUAAACACUGCUGCUGUAUUAGGUUAUACACCAGACUGGUUGGAUCAGCUGACAUACAUCUGGUGGUUUAAACACUGCUGCUGUAUUAGGUUAUACACCAGACUGGUUGGAUCAGCUGACAUACAUCUGGUGGUUUAAACACUGCUGCUGUAUUAGGUUAUACACCAGACUGGUUGGAUCAGCUGACAUACAUCUGGUGGUUUAAACACUGCUGCUGUAUUAGGUUAUACACCAGACUGGUUGGAUCAGCUGACAUACAUCUGGUGGUUUAAACACUGCUGCUGUAUUAGGUUAUACACCAGACUGGUUGGAUCAGCUGACAUACAUCUGGUGGUUUAAACACUGCUGCUGUAUUAGGUUAUACACCAGACUGGUUGGAUCAGCUGACAUACAUCUGGUGGUUUAAACACUGCUGCUGUAUUAGGUUAUACACCAGACUGGUUGGAUCAGCUGACAUACAUCUGGUGGUUUAAACACUGCUGCUGUAUUAGGUUAUACACCAGACUGGUUGGAUCAGCUGACAUACAUCUGGUGGUUUAAACACUGCUGAAGCACAGUUUCUAGUCUUGACCCCUGGGGGAAACAUUCACCCCAAAUCAACUGAUCAACUAAUGAAAUAGUGUUUUAGGGGUUGUCUGACCUUUUGCAUAGCAGUUGGGGUGGACGGAAUGGUUGGCGAAACGAAUCUUGUUUCCUUUCCUAGUGGCAUCCACUACAAAGUCUGGGGGAGGGAGAGAGAGUUAGCUUUCCCUCCCACUUAACAAAAACAUGAUUUCAAUCCUUUUGUAUGCGUGUGUGUUACCGUUGUUGAGGUUGAAGAGGAAGCUACACAUGUAUUUGUCAUAGACCUUCCCUCUGCGAUCAGCCUCAUCUUGGGAGAUUAUCUACAAGAAGGGGAGAGAAACAACACACACAGGAUCAACACACACACACACACACACACACAGAGGAUCAACACACACACACACACACACACACACACAGAGGAUCAACACACACACACAGAGGAUCAACACACACACACAGAGGAUCAACACACACACACACACACACACACAGAGGAUCAACACACACACACAGAGGAUCAACACACACACACAGAGGAUCAACACACACACACACAGAGGAUCAACACACACACAGGAUCAACACACACACACAGGAUCAACACACACACACACACACAGGAUCAACACACACACAGAGGAUCAACACACACACAGAGGAUCAACACACACACAGAGGAUCAACACACAAUUAUUUUCCACAGGCUUGUACAUUACACACAAGCAGACAAAACCAUCACCCAGACAGACAGAGUUGAGCCUCACCUCUCCACAGUACUCAGAGAUGAACUCAUUCUUCUGAACUGGCUCUUUGAUGAAGAUGCCCCAGCCUGCGACAUCAGACGGAGCUAGGAGCAGGUGCUGAGAGGGAGGGGGGGGGGGGGGGGGCUAAAUAGUGAGCUACAGAUACCAAACAAACAAAGGAAAAACCCUGUACAGCUGCACAAUGCGAUCAAUACUGUGUGUGUUUUACCUUCUUGGCUCCCCUCUGUAUGGAGCAGUUUUUACAGGAGACAUUCUUGCUGUCCCAGUGUUCAGCGGCUCCGCAGGUUAGACAGAGGUCAGGGUCACACUCUCUGACCGCCAGGUAACACGGACACUGCUUGGUGUUACACUGGGCCUUACACCUGCAGCCUGGGAAACGGUUCUGACCUACAGACAGACAGAGAGAAGGUUAGAGUGAGUGUAACACUGGUCAUCUGUAAUGUAAUAAUGAAAAUAAAGUAUUUAAAAAUGUCCUCACACUCUGAGCUGCACUGGCAGAAUUUCUCACAGAAAUUCUGAGCGGUGACGCAGGGACAGGAGGAGUCACAGGGCUGGCGGGGGUGGUCACAUGGCUGGUAGUUAUACACGUGGUUGGACGAGCCAUCUGCAGGGGGAGGGGUCAAGCACAUGUCAGCACCGUCACACAACAAAGAUUUGCAUUGGUCAUAAAUUCGUCACAUUGAUCACAACAACACUUUCAAUCACAUUCGAAGAUUGCGUGGGGCCGCAAGCUGAGUAUUCUGAAGGUUCCAAUGCUAGGAGAGAUGUAGAGACAAUCGUCACCUUUCUUCAGUUGGAUCUUCCUGCAGUAAGUGGCCCACAACCUGAAACGACACCACCCUUAAGUUAGUACGUCUUUUCAAUGAAAGUUGACAACCAGAUCCUCCGACUGUACCCUGCUCAGUCACCCCAUUAGUGCAGCCUCAAGCAGUCGGUAUAUAUUUGGGCGUGGCGUACCUGUGGUGUUUCCGCUUCUUCUUGCGAGGGGGCGUGUCUUCGUUCUCGGCUGGAGCGCGAGCGAUGAUACUAGACUCCUUUACUCUGAACUCGUACACCUAGAGACACACACAUAUUACCAGACAAUAUACUACACGUCUUUCCAUAAAACCUGACUAGUUAGCCCACAACGUUAUGAGUCCAAAACUGGGAGAGAAAAAAAUUGCAAUGUGAGUGAAAUACAGAAAAUGAUUUUCAGCGUAGGUGUUGUUGUAACAGAAACACACACCUGUCUGCAGGUCUUUGUUCCUAUGAGCCUUGCUAUAGCGCAGUAGUUGUCAUAGUAGGUUCCGAUGAGAACCCUAAAGAGUGAAGCCUCGGCUCCUCUCCAAUCAACAACUUCAGGAUCACACCUCAGCUUCAACUUCACUGGAGUCUGGCACCGUGAGUUACCCUCUAGAAUACACACAAGGUAAUGGUUAGUGUGUGUGUGUGUUGGUAUGUAUAUAUAUAUAUAUAUAUAUAUAUAUAUAUGUGUGUGUGUGUGUGUGUGUGUACCUGAGCUGCUGGUGGUCUCCUCCUUCUUAUCAUCAUUAUCAUCAUCAUCGUCGUCUUUCCCCUCCCGCUCGCUGUCCGUGUCUUUGGUAUCCGUGGAGACUGUCGGUGUGCUGGGCCGGCUGUUGCCGCUGGGUCGUCCCCGGCGACGGCCCACGGGGCGUUUUGAAGGAGUCUUGGACCUCUCGGUUGCCAUGCCAUCAGGGUACUCCCUCACCAAACCAUCCUAGAUAACCACCACAGAACAGUCAGACCUGUAGGUGCCUCUCUCUCUCUCUGUGUCUGUGUCUUUACACACUUGCCUGCACCAGGUACAUGUAGCACUCGUCGCCACAGGGUUUACUGUCCACCAGAUUCUCCAUGUUCUUACGUUUAUAGGUGUUAGGAGUCGCAUGGAAGGCUGGAGAGAGAGAUACAAAGAGGAGAGAGAUGAGUGGUCAUAGUGAAGUCAGAGAGGGGUAGUGUAGAACAGUCCAAAUGUGGUGAGAGAGAGUGUGUCCGUACACUCACGGUGCAGGAAGCAGUCGUAUUUGAAGCAGCGUCGGCAGAAGAGUGUGUGGAAGGAGUGUAGACUCUGUUCUCUCUGAACGGAGCGAGCGUUGGGACCGUCCAUGUUAGGAGUACACUCUGGAGGCAAUGCACCGGGCAACUGUGGCUCUGUCAGCUCCUUGUACCUGAUAACACACACACACACACACACACACCUCAUUAUAGUAGAGACAAAACAGAAAUAUGCACUACUGACACACAAAAACACACACUCAAAGGAGUACUUACUUCUCUUUGAGUUCCUCUGUGGAGCCCUUAUCAGGGAACAUGGAGGAAAUGGCCUCAAAGAUCUUAUCAGACGGAAAGUUCUUAGAGCUGUCACUGCUGCCUUGGCCUGCAAGCAGAGGACACACAGGGGUUACACACACACACACACACAACGUCUUACCACAGUCACUGCGUCAGCCCACACAGGACACAGGAGGGUAAGGAGAGAUCAAGAGCUGAGAGGACCUAGGGAAGGGAACUAGGUGAGAUAAAGGGUUGAGGGAAUGGUUUUGGGAUAAGGCUCAUUUCUAUUCUUUGUUGGAUAAUAGCAGUGGCCGUCUGCCUUACUUUCAGUGUUGAUCAGGGGUUCCUCGACCAGGUGGUCCUUCCCCUCACACAGCUCCAUCUUCUCCAGCUUAAACUCCUGCUCUUCUUCAUCAAAAUCAUCAUCAUCGUUGUCACUGUACUGGGUCAGUGCACCCACCAGCUCCACAAAGAUCUCAUCAUUAAUGAAGCCGCACUCUGGAAACACACACAGUCAUUUAACAUGACACAGACAGACACACCACAUCAAAUCAAAACAAGAUGUGAUAAUAUAAAAUAGCGUGUGUCGUACCCCUGUCUCCGUGAACUUUGCCGUCGUAGUUCUUGAUGAGUUCCUCUAUGAAGGUUCCGUCUUGGUCCAGAAUCUCAUCUCCCAUGUAGGGGAUGUUGUGGAGAACCGUCUCAUCUUCUACCUACAAGGCAGGCCAGGUGUGUCAGUAGGCCAGGUGUAUCCGAUGGCCAGGUGUGUCAGUAGGCCAGGUUUGGUAGGCCAGGUGUGUCAGUAGGCCAGGUGCAUCAGUAGAGUGUCAGUAGGCCAGGUGUAUCAAUAGAGUGUCAGUAGGCCAGGUGUAUCAGUAGAGUGUCAGUAGGCCAGGUGUAUCAAUAGAGUGUCAGUAGGCCAGGUGUAUCAGUAGAGUGUCAGUAGGCCAGGUGUAUCAAUAGAGUGUCAGUAGGCCAGGUGUAUCAGUAGAGUGUCAGUAGGCCAGGUGCAUCAGUAGAGUGUCAGUAGGCCAGGUGUAUCAGUAGAGUGUCAGUAGGCCAGGUGUAUCAGUAGAGUGUCAGUAGGCCAGGUGUAUCAAUAGAGUGUCAGUAGGCCAGGUGUAUCAGUAGAGUGUCAGUAGGCCAGGUGUAUCAAUAGAGUGUCAGUAGGCCAGGUGUAUCAGUAGAGUGUCAGUAGGCCAGGUGCAUCAGUAGAGUGUCAGUAGGCCAGGUGCAUCAGUAGAGUGUCAGUAGGCCAGGUGCAUCAGUAGAAUGUCAGUAGGCCAGGUGUAUCAGUAGAGUGUAUGUAGGCCAGGUGUAUCAGUAGAGUGUAUGUAGGCCAGGUGUAUCAGUAGAGUGUAUGUAGGCCAGGUGUAUCAGUAGAGUGUCAGUAGGCCAGGUGUAUCAGUAGAGUGUCAGUAGGCCAGGUGUAUCAGUAGAGUGUAUGUAGGCCAGGUGUAUCAGUAGAGUGUAUGUAGGCCAGGUGUAUCAGUAGAGUGUAUGUAGGCCAGGUGUAUCAGUAGAGUGUCAGUAGGCCAGGUGUAUCAGUAGAGUGUCAGUAGGCCAGGUGUGUCAGAAGAAUGUCAGUAGGCCAGGUGUUUUAGUAGAAUGUCAGUAGGCCAUGUGUAUCAAUAGAGUGUAUGUAGGCCAGGUGUAUUAGUAGAAUGUCAGUAGGCCAGGUGUAUCAGUAGGCCAGGUGUAUCAGCAAAAUGUCAGUAGGCCAGGUGUAUCAGUAGAGUGUCAGUAGGCCAGGUGCAUCAGUAGAGUGUCAGUAGGCCAGGUGCAUCAGUAGGCCAGGUGUGUCAGAAGAAUAUCAGUAGGCCAGGUGUAUCAAUAGAGUGUCAGUAGGCCAGGUGUAUAUCAAUAGAGUGUCAGUAGGCCAGGUGUAUCAGGACAAUUCCAUUAAAGUUUAAGACAUCACUAUCAUCAAGUUGGGACUAGACUACUGCAUCGGAUAACUACAGUUCCAGUGCACAUGUCAGAACAAGCUUAGUAUCGCUCAGUUUGUGUGUGUGUGUUUACCAUGAAGUUUUGCUGUAGCGGGGACCAGGAGUACAUGACAGGUACAGAGGCUACAGCGUUGAGCGUCUUCAGCGGGAUCACCUGUUUGGAGAACUCUGAGAAACCACUGGCCACCGUACACUGGAGGAGACAAUAUACACAUUAGAGAACUCAGACUCACUUGUGAAGAACUGUAAAAGGUCAAACAUGGUGAAAAACAGUAAACUGAUGUUAUUGUAAAUCCAUAUUUAUUUAUUUUAAUCUCUGGAUAGGUGUGUGUGUGUGUGUGUGUGUAGUGCGCGCUAACCUCUCUGGUCCCUCGUAAGGAGCUAACAGAUGUCAUGAUGUGAACGGGCUGGAUCCUCCUGGUCUUCCACUCAGCAUUCAGGAUGUCUGUCCGCUCCAAGAUCUUCUGACGGUUAGAGUUAAACAUACUCUAGGGAGGAGAAAACACACUGUCAGAAACCUCUCUAUGUAUGUAUGCAUGUAUGUAUGUGUGUGUGUGUCUGUGUGUGAACAGAGUGUGGGAACAUGCAAAUGUGCUGAAAUGAAAGGACCUCUCCAGUGUUCUGUUAAAGCCCUUAUUGGAUACAUACAGUGGGCUCCAACAUUACUGGCACCCCUGACUGGCAAUGCACAAACAAUAAAUAUAUACAAUAUAAUUAUAGAGAUAAACUCAAAAUACUAACAUGUGAGAAAUACUGUACUAUAUUAAUGUUCCAAUGGAACCCACCAAAAUCAUUUAUUGAUUUAAUAAAAAAUAAGUCCUCCAAAUCAAGGUUUCACAAUUAAUGGCACCCUUAAAGAUUAUUGUAAAUAACAUCUACCUAUAUUAAACCAGGAAUUGAAUUCCACUUAUUUAAGUGUAUCUAAGUCUUAAGGAACUAUAUUGAGCCACUACAUCCCUUCCUGUUUCACUAGGGUAUAAAAAUGAGGUAAAACGCAUGCAAUAUCCCUUUGUCAUCUAACACCAUGAAGAAAACAAAAGAACUGGCAGUUCAAAAGAGACAGAUGGUUGUAGACCUUCAUAAAUCUGGUAAUGGCUACAAGAAGAUCCUCAAACGAUUGAAUAUACCACUGAGCACUGUCAGGGCAAUUAUUUAAAAAUGUAAACAAUAUGGAACAGUUGAAAACCUCACGGGUAGAGGACGCAAACGCAUUUUGCCCCCCAGGAUAGGGAGGAGGAUGGUGAAAGAAGCAAGAAAAUCACUGUGAAAGAAUUGCAGGUCUUGGUGGCGUCUUGGGGUCACCAGGUUUCAAAAAGCACCAACCACAGGCUCUUUGGAAGGGUUGACAGAAGAAAGCCCUUUCUGACCCCAAGACACAGACGCAAGCGCUUGGAGUAUGCCAAACGUCAUUUACAUUAUGACUGGAAGAAGGUGCUCUGGUCAGAUGAGACCAAAAUUGAACGUUUUGGUCAGAUAUAGCAUCGGCAUGUUUGGCGUCGAAACAGAGAUGCAUACAAGGAGAGGCACCUCAUACACACGGUGGAAUAUGGUGGUGGGUUGAAGAGGGCAGUUGAUAAGCGCAAACCCAAGAAUGUGAAGGAUCUUGAAAGGAUCUGCAUAGAGGAAUGGUCCAAAAUCCCUCCAAAUGUGUUCCUUAACCUUGUCAAACAUUACAGGAAAAGACUCCAUGCUGUUAUCCCUGCCAGAGGUGGUUGCACUAAGUACUAAACGAGGAGUGCCAAUAAUUAUGAAACCUUGAUUUUGGUGACAUUUAUUUUGUAUUAAAUAAUUGUAUGAUUUUGGUUGGUUCCAUUGAAACAUUAAUAAAGUCCAUUAUCUCUCACAUGUUGGUAUUUUGAGUUUCUUUAUAAUUAUAUUGUUUCUAUUUUUUUAAGUAUUGAUUGUGCAUUGCCAGUCAGGGGUGGCAGUAAUUUUGGAGCCCAGUGUACAUAUGCGUGUGUGUACCUUGACCUCGUCGGCCCGUCUGAAGCGUUUGAGUUGGCGUAGCCUCAUGUACUCAGACUUCACCCUCCUCCUCCAACCCACUGGUCCCUUCACAGACCGCUUCCCUGUCAGCACCAUGGUCAACCUGGAACACACGGUUUUAGAAUCAUGCACAGUUAAAGAGAAAAGGCAAAGAGCUAUGCUUUCGCACAAAGGGCUGAGAUUUGACAUUAAAACACACAACGGAGCGUUGGACACCAUUGCAUUUACAUUUACGUCAUUAACAGACGCUCUUAUCCAGAGCGACUUACAAAUUGGUGCAUUCACCUUAUAGCCAGUGGGAUAACCACUUACUAUAUGGUGGUGUAACCACUUACUAUUGUACAUGUUGAUAAGGUCAUACAGUCUCUUUCCAGAGUCAUGAAUGGUUGUUCUAGUUUACAUUCCCCUCUCUACUCCCUUUCUACUGAUGCACUGAGACAUUCAUGCCAGGCCAGUUCAAAGACGUGCAAAUAAGGGGAUUCACCCUAAACUAACUUCUUGUCUCUAAUUCAAUUCAAAAGCUUUAUUGUCCAUUUACAUGGGGUAAAACAGAAACCACAAAAUCAUUAUUUGGCUUCCAUCAAAGGCUCAGUCCCAAACACAGUACUGCUGCCUCCAUAAUAGCAUCUGCUGUAGUAGAGAAGUACUGGAGAAACAGAUGUUGGAGAUGGCCCGAGUUCACAAGCAGCAGAAAUCAAAUCAGAGUUGUGUCUGUUUUUUUGACUGCCUCCUAGAAAGAAUACUGCCUAUAGCUCUGGGUAGAGUAACCAGUCUCCUUUUGUUCAUCUGCACUGACAUUAUUGUAUUUGACCAGCCUGGAUGGGUCUAAUCCAAUCAGAUCCCCUUCCUUGAGGACACACACUAUCCGGGCUGCCAUGGAAACCUGUCAUCACACACUACCAGGCACCACACUGGAUACUGAUGUCUAGGGUUUCUCCAAGCAGAUUAUGACUUACAGUAGGUUUACACAAUACAACUUUACUUUGUCCAUAGUUACAGGGAACACAAAAAAAACGUGUCUUCUGCUGUCAUUUCUCAACCCAGACAGCACACCUCAUACAGACAUGCAGUUGAGAGGAACACUGGGUCAAGCUGCAGUGCAGAACCCCUGGAUGGAGAGCAACGGUUGGGGAUUGUUCUGAGGAGGAUGUGAACCAAGCAGCCCUCCAGUUGCCAGAUCAAUUUCCCAACACCCGGCCCGGAUUCGAACAGGCGACCUUUAGGCUAUAGGUACAACUCUUUAGCCGCUGGGCUCCCUACUGUCUACGGCGCUACACAUCACUAACAUGUUUUUCAAAUCUUUCUGUGUUUAACAGUUCAAUACAAACAUGUUCGAUGAGGGGCCCAAUAUUAAGACGAAGACGGAGGGUUCAAUUAACAAUCUUAUAAGUAAAGGUAAUACUGUACUACACUAGUACAAAAUUACUCACUCUUACUAAUUUAGUAACCUGCUGCGUAAAUUCUCCUAACCUGUUACGAAAAAGUAACUUCCGGUCGUAGUUGUAUAACCUAGUCAAAGCCCUCUUGUUUUUAAUCAAUCCGCUUUGAUGUCAUUGCCGUCGCCAAAUCAAUCGUUGUCAUGUCACGUGACAAUUUGACAGAAUUGUUGCUAACAGUGGUUUUCAACUUAGCUAGUACAUUUUACAUUUUAGUCAUUUAGCAGACGCUCUUAUCCAGAGCGACAAUCAAGCAAACUUCCCAAUUCAUAUGAAGUUAGCUAAAUGUCUCCAUUUCAAUCCAUCCUACCAAAUAAUUAUCUGAUUCUUGUGAAUGUAUGCCUUGACAUGACGGAAACUGAGUAAGGCUUGAAAGUUCAAUAAAGUUCAACAAAGUUAAACGUUGCCAGGCUUGAGUCAAUGCGGAAACAUUGAUGAAGAAAGGAAAUCCCGUCCACAGCAGACAAAAACACUCGAGUUCACGUUAAUUGGCACAACUAAGGUCAAUUCACAACUGUCAUCUUUCCAUAUUGGCUGGCUAACCGUUUUGUUUUGUGUCUGAUAGAUAACUGCCAGAUCAUGCAUGUCCAGAGCGGUGUCUACGAACAGUAUCCUUCCACAUCUAGCUGGUUAGCCAGCAAGCUAACUAGCGACCAAGACAGAGGAAACUAA